GGGAAAUCGGCAACACUGUAGCCUGUGAGACCGAGCUCAGUGCCUGAACUAAAACACAAUAUCGCCACAGUGACACACUUUAAGACGGGAUUUCGACUCCGCGUGUUGUUUUGAUAACGACACCCAGCGCGCGCGUGGGACACCUCGGAGCCGGGCCGGGCUCCAUUCUGCCAUUCUGCGUUGUAUUCAGGUUUAAGGUCAGUGCGCCUUCACCUCCACCCCCACCCCCCUUCUCUGCGAUUCGCUGUCUGCGUCUCUCCCGCUGUCGAUCACCGCCUGCUGGCUCUUCACGUUCCUGUUCUCAGUGAUCGGUGAAACUCCGCACGCACGCACGCGCGCGCGCGCACGCACACACUAACAUCAACUUUGCCGCCCAGUUGCGAGUGCGUCCGGACGAAAACGCUUUGUUAGCUCAGCGAAUUAAGCCCCAGUGAGUCACACAGUGCGGCUGAAAUAUGACGGGAAGCACAAUGGGAGGAAAGUGGCUGCUGGCGUAACUAAGUGAAGUUGGAGGCUCUCCCCGUGGAAGAGGAAGAGGUGGCGGCGGCGGACACCACGAGUUCACUCUCACGCUCAAAGGAGUGAGCGCAGCAUUCCAACAUACCUCAUCCCUUUCACUGGGCUAAGAUGAGUAUUACCAGUGACGAAGUGAACUUCUUGGUCUACAGAUACCUCCAGGAAUCAGGUUUCUCCCACUCAGCGUUCACCUUUGGCAUAGAGAGCCACAUCAGCCAGUCCAACAUCAAUGGAACUCUAGUGCCCCCUGCAGCCCUCAUCUCCAUUCUGCAGAAAGGGCUUCAGUAUGUGGAGGCAGAGAUCAGCAUCAACGAGGAUGGCACGGUCUUCGACGGCCGGCCGAUCGAGUCGCUGUCCCUCAUCGACGCGGUGAUGCCGGACGUGGUGCAGACGCGGCAGCAGGCCUUCCGCGACAAGCUAGCCCAGCAGCAGGCGGGCGGCGGCGUGGCAGCGUCCACCUCCGGAAACCAGCCCAGCGCGCCGAAGAACGGAGAGGCCACGGUCAACGGGGGCGAGAAUGGAACGCACACCAUGAAUAACCACGGCGAGGCCAUGGACAUGGAUGUGGACGUUGAGAUUCCAGCCAGCAAAGCCACAGUGUUGAGAGGCCACGAGUCUGAAGUCUUCAUCUGUGCCUGGAACCCUGUCAGCGAUCUCCUGGCCUCGGGCUCAGGAGACUCCACCGCCAGAAUCUGGAACCUGAACGAGAAUAACAACUCCAACUCCACCCAGCUGGUGCUGCGCCACUGUAUCCGAGAAGGCGGCCAGGACGUCCCCAGCAACAAAGACGUCACCUCACUCGACUGGAAUAGCGAUGGGACUCUCCUGGCAACGGGCUCAUAUGAUGGCUUCGCCAGGAUAUGGACGAAAGAUGGAAACCUGGCAAGCACCUUGGGGCAGCACAAAGGGCCCAUAUUUGCACUAAAGUGGAACAAGAAGGGGAACUCUAUUCUCAGCGCUGGCGUAGAUAAGACGACAAUCAUUUGGGAUGCACACACCGGCGAGGCCAAGCAGCAGUUCCCUUUCCACUCAGCGCCGGCCCUUGAUGUCGACUGGCAGAACAACAGCACCUUUGCCUCCUGCAGCACAGACAUGUGCAUCCACGUGUGUCGACUCGGCAGCGAUCGGCCCCUCAAGACGUUCCAGGGCCACACGAAUGAAGUUAACGCCAUUAAGUGGGACCCAUCAGGCAUGCUGCUUGCAUCCUGCUCAGACGACAUGACGUUAAAGAUUUGGAGUAUGAAGCAGGAGGUCUGUGUCCACGACCUUCAGGCUCACAGUAAAGAGAUCUACACCAUCAAAUGGAGCCCCACCGGCCCAGGCACCAACAACCCCAACUCCAACGUCAUGCUCGCCAGUGCCUCGUUCGACUCGACGGUCCGACUGUGGGACGUGGAGCGGGGCGUUUGCAUUCACACCCUCACCAAGCACCAGGAGCCCGUCUACAGCGUUGCCUUCAGCCCCGACGGCAAACACCUGGCCAGCGGCUCCUUUGACAAGUGUGUCCACAUCUGGAACACCACUACUGGAGCCUUGGUGCACAGCUACAGGGGCACUGGUGGCAUUUUUGAAGUGUGCUGGAACAGCACUGGGGACAAAGUUGGUGCCAGUGCCUCAGACGGCUCAGUUUGUGUUCUUGACCUUCGAAAAUAGCCAACUUGACACUUUGAUGGAUCCUGGAACAUGCAGCAAAUUGCCUUCUUCUGACAUCAGCAAGCACACUUGGAUUGCUGAGCUGAGCUGUUAAGGUGGACUGACACCAGACCUGACUAUUGCAGCAGCUUCUGACCAACAAGCUUCAGUCUUACAGUCUGUUCCCGUGUUUUAUGAUAUUCCUAAUUGAGAUACAACGGAGGGAAGCGAGAAGAUCCCCGUGAGUGGAAUCGAACUCUCUGGGCCUCUAGUGAAGAAUUCGAUCCCUCCGGGCCACUGGUCCAGCUGUUACCGGGUUGUAAGGGUGGAAACGCAAAAAUGAGUUUUAUAGAAUAAGGAAAGUGUUAAUGAGACGCGAAGCGGUUGUGUUUUUAGAAAAUCCCCUGUGUAAAUGUUACUUCGCCUCCAAACGAGCGGGGAUGUGAGAGAGGUAACAUCAGCACUGAAGCACUGCUACGUCUGUCGACAUGGUGCUUAACUUCUCCUCAGUGGAGAAUAGUUUGAUUCAAGAGUACUUCUUGCAUUUUUUUUUUCUAUUUUCCACAGAUGGACUUUUGAAAGUCAAAAUUGAAUGUUCGCUACAAGGUCGUUCUUGGCUCACUUAUAAGAUGAGGUCAGCAAACGGAAAAUCUGCCAAGUAAUAACUUCCCACAAUGACCAGCUCGAAGAUUAGAAAGUCAUUUUGUGGGCAGGAUGUGAAAAGUGUGAUUUCUAGAGAGAAUUUUCUCCCUUUGGAUGUAAAUUUAACGAAUGUAAAGUUAUGUAAAUUAGAUUAAUACACAGACUUAUAUACUGUGUAUAUAUGUUUAUAUACAGUAUUGCCAUCCUGUAGGGGCCCGUCAGUGGCCAGACCUGUCACAUCUUUGCUUAUAAUACCUGACAACGCUUUUUAACUGCAUGUGUCAUGAGGUUUUUCUUUUAAAAGCAACACGUUGGAACAGAUUUUUUUUUUCAAGCCGUGUACGAAAUGUCCAUCCCAUUACCUGCAUUCAGGCGGUUCACUGGUCAACGGUGUGGGAGAGAAUAAUCACCUUCACAGGGUAGAGCGGAGCCACUACAGCCUGACCAGAAUUGGCACUUUCCCAGAUCAGUCUACAGAACAUGGAGAGAACAAGCCCUGCAGUUGAACACAAACAAACCCAGCUAUGGUUGGUGUCCUUUGAUUCGAUCACGGUCCCAUGUCCAAGUCUUCUUUGCUCUGCUACUGGGAUCCAGUGUCAGUGUCUACAAUCAAACAUGCCAUCACUCUAAUUAGCCUUUUGCCCGGUCCCUUCCCGUUAGUCGACUUCAGCCUGAGCAAUUUGAAGUGCACUUUUUCCAGUGGUGGACUCAGCGAAUAUUCUGCUUUUGCUGAAAUGAAAAGGGCCAAUUUUAUUUUCCUUCUCAGCUGGAUGGUAAUAGGCGUUUCAUGGUUUGUCUUUUUCAUUUACUGAGAGCCAUUAUUGUCUGUGUCAGACUGAGAAUUGGGCUAUGGACUGGUGGCCAUUCUUGGCGUAAUGAGGAGCACAGUAUCACAUGAGUAACGAGUGCUGUGGCGGCUACUGUCUCACCUGCACCCUGAUCCAGGGCGCGGUCACCUAUUUCCAAAACAGAACAUUUUAAGUCAUUCAGUGUCUCGAAUAAAUCACUCUAUUUUGAUAUCAGAA